CUUCCUGCGGCACCGGCCACACCCUGCCCUGGGUUGCCCUGGGUAGGCCACUUCCUACUCCUCAGAACUUUCUGACCAGGGGCGAGGACAGGUGGAGCAGAAUGGAUAUAUUCUGGACGACCCCUGGCCAACUCUCCCUUCUCACAGCUCUGGUACCGCGGCUGGUUCAGGCCCAACCCUCAGUGGCCCAGCGGAAGCCGUGGCUGGUGGGGCUGGGGGCUGCGCUGGCCUUCCUCUUCCUCAUCUUUAUCCUCACCUUGGUCUAUGCCAUCUGGUGCCGCGAGUCCCGGGACAGCAAUAAAGAGAAUGAAGAGAAGACUGUGAGAAAGGAGGAGAAGGAGGGGGAGGACGACUGGGGGCUGGAACUGGAGGAGAAAGAGGGGCCACCAAACCAUGAAACGGUGGUGAGCUCCUCCAUGUGAAGGCGUCCCAAUCACCUCCUCCAGGCAGCCACCCGCCCCCAUGCCUCAACACCUUCUCCACACCCUAUCUGCAAAGACCAGGGGAAUGACUCCGGCUGGGACUCGGGGUAAAGCAUCCCUGAGUGCAAGGACUCAGGACCUGCCCCUGGUUCCUCUGGGAGGGCUCUAUGUGCAUCACGUGGUCAUCAUGUACCCCUGCCCAAGCCUGGUCUCCACCUAAUGAUUCUUCCUGAGCUUGGAGGGCACCCCUGGACAAGGAGCCACUCACAUUCCUGAGAACCUCCCCACUCUCUCAUUUCUCUACCCAUCUGCAUCACGGGCUCUCUUUUUACUCACUGAUUUCUUCUCCUGCCUCUGAUUUCUCUUGCCCUUUGGAUAUCAUCAGAGAAGCCAGCUCUACCACUCGUCCAAGUGCUUUUGAGGCCCUGCUUCAGUGAGGCCCUAGGAAUAAAGUGGAUCCCAUCCCCUC